AUGUACUCAUCGACCUUAAGUGUAUAUAGACUAGAUGACCUUUCUCGGCUAACUUAUUAUCGUAUAACUGCCUCGGAACGUCUACCAAUAAGUGAGCGAAGUUACGGCAUUGAUUAUCUUUGGUACAUGAUAAAUGUUAUAGACGAUAACCAAUUUUCAUCAUCGUAUCUAGUCUCAAUAUGUACAUAUCUGCAAUUCUCUAUUUAUUAUCCGCCAUUAUGGCACACAGUUCCAUCGACAUUAAAUGACUAUCCGUUAAUCAACAAUUCGUAUCGAUUAAUCGACCCAUGGUAUUACCCACAUCGAUUAGGUUUGUACAAAAUCUUGAUCGAUGUGACGACACCGUUGAUGCCGUUUUGCACAUCAUCAAAUGCAUCCAAUAUUCUCUUUGCAUUUCCAUCGCAGUUCGGCUGGCAAUUCGAAUCGAAUCGUUUAUUUACGAAUGGAACAUUGAACAUCUCAUUGAACAGUUGGUGGGCAGCAGCCAAUUACUAUCUCUCGGUUAUUCCGUUUCUUGUUGCUGUUGACGUUGGUCUUAUUCCGAAUACUACAUUUCAAAUUGUUCAACAAGAAAACUUUUGCUCGAAUGUCAUCGACUGUCGGAAACAAGUACCGAAAGCAAUGAAUCGUUGGCGCGAAUUUUUUUCUCUACUUCAAGAAUGCAAUGGCGACUUUAACAACCGAAUUCUGGAUACGCGUUACUUGGGACCCAUGUGGCACGCCUAUCAAGGUUCGAUUGAGGAUGCCGUGCCCUUGAUUGAAUCGAAACUGGCCUUUUUACCAUCGAAUGCUGAACGAUCGUUUGGGCAAGGUUGGGCGCGUUUAUUAAGUUUAAUAGCAAUGGCACGAAAAAAUACGAAUUUAUACGAAACAUUAAAAAAUCAACGUGCGUUUCUUCCCUUUCGUAUGUUAUCGGAUAAUGAUCGUCUUACUGGUUCCAAUGAUCUACCAGAUUUAGUGAAGAAAUCCUUGGAGGUGCUCUUCACUUUUCGAUUUGACUGGUUAUCACAAAUAGAAAGAAUCUGGGAAAAGUUAACAUGUAAUUACGAAGCACGAGUUUACGCUCAAUAUGCAUUGGAAUCGAUGGCAAUAUCAAAAAUCCUUGCAGCGAAAUAUCUUGCCCAGGCUAUAAUCAAUGCGCUAAUGUUUCAAUGUGAUCGUUCAUUUCGGAGUGACCUUUAG